UUCUCCCCCCACGACGUGGUGGCGCUGCGCCCCAACUCGCAGCCGCCGGGCGCGGGGGGCGCGCCGCUGUGCGGGGGGCUGGUGUACCGCGUGAGGGAGGGGGCGGUGGUUGUGGCGGUGGACGAGCCGCCAGAGGAGGGGCUGGAGCAGCCGCUGCGGCUGGAGAAGCUCGCCAACGAGGUGGGGUGA